GACAAGGUUCCUGAUGCUGAAGACAAGGUUCCUGCAGGUGAGGACAAGGUUCCUGGCGGCGAGGACAAGGUUCCAGGCAGUGAGGACAAGGUUCCUGGCAGUGAGGACAGGGUUCCUGGCGGUGAGGACAAGGUUCCUGGCGGUGAGGACAAGUUCCUGGUGGUGAGGACAAGGUUCCUGGUGGUGAGGAGAAGGCUCCUGGCGGUGAGAACAAGGUUCAUGGCUGUGAGGACAAGGUUCCUGAUGCUGAGGACAAGGUUCGUGACGAUAAGGACAAGGUUUGUGGCGGUGAGGGCGAGGCUUGUGGCAGUGAGGACAAGGUUCCUGACGGUGAGGACAAGGUUCCUGGCGCCGAGGACAAGGUUUCUGGCGGUGAGGACUAG